UCGGCUAACAUGUCAAUUUUUAUCGGGUAUGAAUGCAAAACGCGUGCCACAUCAGCGAUUGGCGUUGAGCUUUGCAAUCACUUGAAUAUUUUCUCCCGAAACAUCAUGGGUCACUUUCGGAUCGAAGAAAGAGUUGGGCCUCCUUCAAGAAUUGCAGAGAGUAGGCUAUCCAGAGCGCACUGCCAUGAAAACCAGUUUACGUUGACACCGUAUAAUCCCCCGUACACUUCCAAUUUUGAUAAAUCUUCGAAUCUUGUUUUGCUAACAAGGCGCUUCCAAGAACGCUAGAGGUUCUCUCCACCUUAUCCAUUGAUCUCCGCGACAAUCGAGUCAUUCCAUCGAUCCGCGAAUCAGGAGAUAAGGGGAUCAACGCCUCAUGCACUUGUAAAGCCCCGGCAGUCAGCAGAGUCGGCCCGUCGAGCUGAGCCCACUAACUUCCGUCGCUCUCUGCUGGCGAGGAAACGAACGAGAUAGGGUCACCUGCGCAUGAGGUGUUCGAUGAAUUGCUCCACUGAAGAUUUUUUUCCAGUUCGUGCGCCGCAGUUAAUGGGUGUUUACGCAGAGCUCCUUGUGUAAUCAUCUUGCUCUUGCGGCUUCAGCGUUUUGUCGGGGCGGUUCUAUUUCCACGAUCCCGCGACAUCUCUCGAGGUACACGAUGGCAUCUGCUCUCUUGAGAAGAGGCGUCGCGGUAACGUCGGUGGUCAGCUCUCGUUUUCCUCCGAGGGUGGUCAGUAUUUGGUCGAGUGCAUCUGAAGUUGCUGACAAGGGAAUCGAAAAGGGUCGGUCCGAGUUGGUUGAUAGUGGGCCUACAACAACUGCUUGCGGUUUGGAGAGAAUGCAGCUUUCUCCAUUGUUUGCUGAGAGCAGGCCUUCUUUAGAUGGUUGUGCCAUUGAAGUUGUGGAUGACGACCAGUGGCGGGUCUCGGCUGGGUUGGCACAGGCGUGGCAGGGACCGAGGGGGUCGUUGGGAACAGAAAAUUUGACCGAAACGACAGAUGAGCAUGAGGAUCAUUCUUCAUCUGUUGAGGAAGAGGCUGACUUCGAUGAGAUUGAUAACAUGCGGAUAAGGGGCAAUCUCUUUUACAAAAUUGACAAGGCAUCCAAGGAGUUCGAAGAGUACAGUUUCGAAUUCCAUAGGAAGAAAUCCCCAAAGCGGCGAGAAGAUCCAAAGGAAACCAAGAAGAAGGAAGACCGAGGUCUAAUCACCAGAAAUGAAAAACUUCCCAAAGCUGCAAAGAAGAAGAAUGUGCCUUCUCUGCUGGAUGGAGCCGAAGUCGAUUGCACCUCAAACAAAAAGAAGCUGAGGACUCCGACAUUUAAUCAACUCACAGGUCCUUACCAUGAACCGUUUUGCCUGGAUAUUUACAUUUCGAAGGCCUCCGUUCGUGCAUGUAUAAUUCACAGGGCAACGAGCAAGGUCGUUGCUGUGGCACAUUCUAUUUCGAAAGACAUGAAGUUCGAUCUGGCUUCGACUAGAAAUGCAGAUGCUUGUGCUGCUGUUGGCGAAAUUCUGGCUCAGCGAGCGCUGGCUGAUGACAUUCAUGACAUAAUUUAUACGCCAAGGAAAGGGGAGAAAUUAGAGGGAAAGCUUAUGAUUGUGCUUCAGGCCGUUAUUGAUAAUGGGGUUAAUGUGAAGGUGAAACUUAAGCAACGGAAAAUGAAGAAAGCUGGCCAUCACGCCACAAAUUUAGAAGUGAAGUCAUCAGCUCUCUAAUUGCGUGCACAUCAGAAUGGAAUUCUGCUGUGCUGGUGGUGACUGUUUAUGGAUAGAUGCAACUUUUGCUUGUAUGAUCUAGAGAAUGUUGCCCGGCAGUUUAAGGCAUCACUUUUCUCCUGGAGAUGAGUUUUUGCAGAGAAAGCGAGAGUAAUAUCUGCUCAUUUUUGGCGGAUGGACCAUUGAACAAGUAUGUCCUGUGCAAGCUGUAACAGAAAGAAGUAGAACAAACCUCUUGUACAAGGUUUCUAGUCCUUAUGUUGAUAGACAAGUUUGUUUCAUUAAUGACGGAUUUUGUCCAUAAGCCAAGAAGAUUUUUGAGAGAAAUUCUUGUCGAUCAUAACUUGUCUGCCAAAUCAAUGUAUCUAUCUCAUGACAUUUU